GGACCACUGUUUCCUUCACCCUCCACAUCUUCUCAAGCUCUUCUCUGAGCCCUUGGUACUAAUUCUAGCUUCUUGUGUUUCUUCUUCCUGAUGUUGCUCUCAUUUAGUAUUGCUACAUAUAUCACUACGGCCGUCUUCUUCUGCUUCUCUACCACCACUAUGUCCGGUUGGUUAGCCACCACCAUUUUGUCCGUCUGUAUCUGGAAGCCACACAGGAUCUUAGCUCGGCCAUUCUCCACCACCCUUGGUGACGUCUCCCAGCCUUGUUCCUGCUUGUUCCUGUGCUGCCAUGAUUAGUGCCUCUGUGUUGUCUUUCAGUCCAACUUUGUCCAGCCACUGGUAGGACGUCUGGAUGUCAGCCACUUCCUCUAUCUGCCGGUGGUACAUACCGUGCAGGGGUCUAUCCUUCCAUGAUUAUUCCUCCUCUUUCUCGGGUUUCUGCUGCCUGAGGUAUUCACUGAGCACGUGGUGGGUUGGGGCCAUCUUCAUUCGCUGAUGUUUGUUGUCUCAUCCUGGACUGUGAUGAUAUCCAGUGUUGGUGAUGAUAUCUCCCCCCGACUGUCGUCCUGGUUCCCCCUUCGUAGCAUGUGUGUUGUUGAGAGCAGUCCUUCUUCACAAUGUUUGAACACUGAGCUGCUAGUUUCGCCAUCAGUGUGGAUGUUGGGUAUCGAAGAUUCCAUAGGUCCCUCAUCCUAUUCAUGUAACCCCUUCGUUGUUCAGCCUGUGACUCACUGUUCCUGUCCUUAGCUGAAUGCUAAGGAAAAUGGGCCCAUUGCAACUGCAGGUUAUUUGUGGAAAUUGUGCUGCAGACUUGAAGUGAAAACUGAAAUACUGAAAAAGGAAUGAAGCCUUCGGUUUUCCACUCUUCGGGUCUAGACUAAGCAAAAGAGAAGAAAAAGCAUUUCAGGGUUAUUUUUAUGAAAUUCCUCAUUAUCUUGGAUUUUCAGCUAUUUGGAAAUAAUUUGGGUGAUAUGGGGAGGUUAGGGUCUAAGCAUCCUAAAAAAAAAAAAAAUUUCAGUAUUCAGGAAGCAUCAGAGGGGGAGGGGAGAGUAAAAUCAUUACCAUCAUCUUCAUUAAAGAGGAUCCUGUUGUCCAAUCAGGAUGCGGCUCUGCAUGGGGAUUCCAUAAGCGCCCGUUGGCUGUCGCUAGGAUACCACAUAAUUAGGAGGCAGGCUGUGGCCUGGUUGGUGGACUUGGGUGUUGAUGCUGGGACGACGAGCUUGCUGUGUGUUGGGGGUAGACAAGAGGGGCAGGGGGUUUGGAGGCUGCACAGAAACACCCUUGCACGCGCUCAUUUAUUCACUCAGUCAGCCAGGCAGCCAGCCACUCACUUAGGCAGACAAAGAGGAAAGAGGAGCAACAUCCUGCAGGAGGACAGCACACUCCCCGGGGGAUGGGGCAUCAUACCCCUGCAUCGCGUUGGGGGUGUCGGAGGAGGCACAGGAGAGCCAUUCAGAAGAGCCGGGGGUCAAAGGUGAAAAGAGCAGAGGGCACCAUGGAGAGUGAGCCAGGGGCCCCUGCUUCCACUGCCAGCAGUACCGGGACCACCGCAGCCACCACCACGUCCACCACCAUUUCCUCCAGCACCACUGCUGUCAGCAGUAAUAGUACCUCUAAUACUACUACGACUACUACUAGUUCUACUACUUCCACUAGCAUUAGUAAUAGUAGUAGCAGCAGCAGUAGUAGUGGUAGUAGUAGUAGUAGUACUAACACUAGCAGUACUUCCAGCAGUAGUACUACAGCUGGAAGACCGGCAGUGCCUCAGAUAUCGGUUUACAGUGGAAUACCUGACCGUACAGUACAGGUAUUCCAGCAGGCAUUGCAUAGACAGCCCAACACAGCAGCACAGUACUUGCAGCAGAUGUAUGCAGCUCAGCAGCAGCAUCUGAUGCUGCAAACUGCAGCCCUCCAGCAGCAGCACAGCCUCAGCCUGGCUGCUGUACAGCAGGCCAGUAUCGCGGCUGGCCGGCAAAGCUCUUCACAAAAUGGCACUUCAUCUCAGCAAACAGGAUCUACUCAGGCUACAAUCAACCUGACCACGUCUCCAGCGGCAGCUCAGCUGAUCAGCCGAGCUCAGAAUAUUAGCUCAACCCCCACCACUAUUUCCCAGCAGGCUGUUCUGCUGGGCAGCCCAUCGAGCCCCACUCUUACACCCACCCAAGCACAGAUGUACCUGCGUGCACAGAUGGCCCAGGUACAGGUGGCGAGGAGCCUGGGUCGUGCUGUUCCUCUGUCCCCACAGCUCAUCUUUACCCCAGCUGCCACUGUGACGGCUGUGCAGUCAGACAGCUCUACGCAGGCCUCCUCACAGAAUCAGGUACAGAAUCUGGCCAUCCGUGGCCAACAGGGGGCGACAACAUCCUCCUCUCAGACUCAGAUGCCACAGGCUCUCAGUCUGAAGCAGACCCCUGUGCCUAUCCAGCCUGCGUCACUGAUCAAAAACCCAAGUCAAGGUACCCAGGCCUCAGCAGGGGGGAAGACCAGCUCCUUAGACAGUCCCUCUGAAGGAGGGAAGAAGUGGGACAGUGCAGCAGUCACAGAAGUCCGAGCUAUAAACAUGAGCCGCAGUGUCACCGCUGUGAAUGCUCAGCCUCUGCUUGCUCCAGCAUACACCCAGAUUCAGCCGCAUUCUCUGGUUCAGCAACACAAGCAGCAGCAGCAGUUUGUGGUUCAGCAGAGCCAAGGUUCCCAAAGGACGACGGGCCAGCUGCUGCAGACGGCCUCCGUUCAGCCGUCACAGCAUCCUGUCCCCGUGCUGCCCAAACCUGCUCCUCACCAGCCCUCUACACCGAGCCAGCAGGCUACCAUCUUCCACUCCACUAUCAGCCCACAUGCCCUUCACUCCUCCCUCAACCAUGCCAAAGCUCAGCCUGUCCAGCUCACUGCCAUCAACCUACAAAUCCAGCCAACGGCCUCCCGACUACUUCAGGACAGUAAAGAUAAGCCGACCUCACUGGUAGUCAGAGAGACAUGUCAGACCCCAUCCACACAGCAACAGCAACAACCACAACAGCAGCAACAGCAACCUGCAGCUUCUCCAUCCCAACCCUCCAAGCCUGUAGAGCAGUCCAAGGUUGACUUAGCCACACCAGCUGUUCAGCAGCAAGGUGGGGGUACAGCGAAGAGGCCGAGUGCAGCAGUGGGGACCCCACCUCCAGCCAUGACCUCAGGAAAUGAGAGCGAGGCGCCCACCGUGACGGGCAGCACGCCACAAAACGGAGAGAACAAACCACCUCAGGCCAUCGUCAAGCCCCAGGUCCUCACACAUGUCAUCGAAGGCUUUGUCAUCCAGGAAGGAGCUGAGCCGUUUCCCGUGUGUGUGGAGCGUCUGCCCAUUCUCAUCGAUAGUCCAAAGAAGCUGGACCAUCAGCUCUCAUCUGACCCGGACAAAACUCCGGUCAGCAACGCAGCCAACACAGACUCCGAGCCCGAGGACAUGAGCCAACCAGAAAAAGAUGAACCCAAGCUGACGUGUGAAUACUGUGGCUGGGUUGAUUUUGCUUACACAUUCAAAGGCUCUAAAAGGUUCUGCUCGGUGGUUUGUGCAAAGAGAUACAACGUAGGCUGUACGAAGCGAAUUGGACUUUUCCGUCCAGAGAGGAACAAACCAGCAAAUCGCUGGCGUCGACGGUCUCAGGGCCGCCCCAGUAUUGAGGCAAAAAAGCAGAAGCUGGCCUUGUCACCACAGCAAACUCAGGGCGGUUCUAUAUCCUCACCACAUCCCUCCCAGCCCAGUCAGGAGGAAUCCAGCCCGUGUUCAGACAUGUCAAGCUACGAGGAGCCACCGUCUCCCAUGUCAGCAGCCAGCUCUGGACCUUUGGCUCCUGCCCCGGCUCCAGCCCAGGUCCCUGUCCGCCGUCAGCCGAGCAGGGCCUCGGACCAGGAGGCCUGCGUUGGGAUAGAUGGAGCACCGCUCUGUCAGCGCUUCGUACCCAACGACCCCACCAAAUGGAAUGUGGAGGAGGUUUAUGAGUUCAUUCGUUCACUACCAGGUUGCCAGGAGAUAGCAGACGAGUUUCGCUCUCAGGAAAUCGAUGGACAGGCCUUGCUCCUGUUAAAGGAGGACCACCUGAUGAGCACUAUGAACAUUAAGCUGGGACCUGCACUCAAGAUCUUUGCACGCAUCAACAUGCUCAAAGACUCUUAGCAGGAAACCGUGUGUGUGUAUGGGUGUGUCUGUUUGUGUGUAUUUGUAUAUUAUAGCACUGAUGGCACAGAGUACUGACUGCACUGUGAGCAGGCCUGUUCCAUUACUGGACUGGUUCCUGUCAUCCAGAAUCUCACUCAAGCUUGACUCGACCUCCCAAACCAGAUCAUACUCACCGGCAUCAGCUCAGUGGCCUUGUGACCAUUUAGGCUUCUGCUUGGUAACGUUAGAGUGACGUGUCAGACACUUCAGUCUGUGUUUACAUGCAGUCACAGGAGAAGCUUUUCAGUUGCUAAACCUUAAAGGAGCCUGUACAAAAGCUGUGCCAAAAUCUUUUAUUUUUCCAGAUGAAAAGAAAUUAUACUUUAAAAGUAUACAUGGUUGAAACAGCAGGCGCAUAAGUUUCCACCUGGCAGUGCACCUGGUGAGUUCUUUCUGGGUUAAAAACAAAAAAACUAAAUGAGUUGAUGUGAGUAUAACUGUUAGUAGAAAAGACACCAGAUGUCAAAACUGGAGACAAGUUAAUAGCAAGCAGCAGCCUCUGGGGCUGAAAAAGCCAACGCACAAGUGCCAAAAACUGCAGUUUUUCUACAGUCGCUGGCUCUAAAAGCCAUUAAUCCCCCUUACCCAGUUUAUGCUUCCGGUUGUCGCCCUCGUUAACAGUGGUGCUGGCCAACAGUGACAUCACAAUUGCUGGCAAGCACGACACAUCAGUGUCAUGUAGGCUGGUGUGUACUAUCAUGCCACCAUUUCAGUGACACAGUCGUACAGAAGCUCGGAGAUUCUAGAGGGAUUUUUAAAGCAAGGCAGAUGCAGCAACAGCUUAAAAACAUGACUUUGCUGUAGCUUUGCAUCCUUUUUCUUCUUCUCCUAUACCAAUGCUCCUGUGAAGGAUUCUUCUUAAUAGGAGAUGAAUCUGAUGUGCGCCAAGCACCAGUAUAAAUGGGUACAGGGCUGUAAUGACGUCACGGUUGGUGUAACAAGCAAUUUGAGUAACAUAAGCUAGACUUAAGACCCCAAUGUUAAAAUGCUCAACUUUACUGUAUCAAUAAACAUGUCUGCAGCCCUGUACAAAAAAUGGUUUGGUCUUUCUGGAUAGAUUACACCUUCAAACAGCCUAAUUGUAUCUGAUAGCUCUUGGCAAAGCUUCCAUUCAGCUAAAUAGAGUCGCUAUGUUUAACUUCUCAACUGUGUUUGGUGCCUUUGGGAGCUUUUUUUUAAUGCCGUUAUCUGACAUUUUAUAUGGUAUUAAAGCACUGCUGAACUUAUUAUCUGUGCAGGUAUCUGUACUAUAGAUGCAGCUUACAAACCAAGCUUGCCAGCAUUAACUGAUAGCACUCUUUGCUAUUGAACAAAUAGAUUCACCACAGCUCCAACACAACAUGGACAUAUAGCUCAAAGUUUAAAGUGCCAGUCCAUAAGUUGAUAAGUGAUGUUGCACUACAUCCAUCAAUUACAUAAUCUGCUUCUCUGCCAUAAACAGACGACGGGGGAAAACACCUCUAUAACGUCAGCUUUUCAAGCUGGGGAAUGAUAAUCUUCUAUUACAUGUGUAAUCUGUUAAGCUGUGAUCACAGUGCAGGAGAAUUAAGAUAACAAGAGUGUCCUUUUAGUACCAGAUGUAACAGCAAUUAUCAAAUGUCAUUAAGCAGAUUCCAGAUGAAGAUACUGAUCCUGUGAUAAUUGCAGAAAAAUGAAGUGUUAUGUUUUCCCCGGAGAAGGUUUUUUUUUUUU